AUAUGGCAUGGUAAAGGACGUGACGGACGGAGCUCCGAGCGUAGCUCUCGUGGCAAUCAAACCAUUUGGCCUUCAAAUUGCAACAGUGUAUUUCUCCAGCCUUCCGAAAGUUUCAGGAGGAUACCAGAUAAGACAGAAGGCACAUGUUCAUCAUCUCCUCCCAGUGUUGUUCAUCGGCACCAAGGGAUGGCCCGUGCAUAGAAUCGGAUUCUUCAAGACUGUGCAGUCUCUGCAGUAUGCCCUGGCACGUUAUCAUUCGAUGAAUCCUGCGAAAGUCACAGCAAGCAAUACUAGAUGAUGUCUUGGAGUUACCGGUCGCACGUCCACGGUGAAUGCAUGUAUUAUACCGUUCAGUGAGGUGAAUCUCGCAACAGCUUCGAAGUUUGCAUGGCUG